UCCCAGAGGAGAGGGAGGGUAGCGUUUAUGAGAAACAGGUAAUAAUUUCAGGAGUCACUGAGCGUGCAGUUUGGACGGCGGGAAGUUGGACCCCAAAGCAGAUCAGAUUCCUGAUUCAGAAUGAACCCAGUCAAACUGCUUCGUGACAAACAGCAUUUCUCCGUCGUCAUCGCCAUGUUGGCCCUGCUGAGCUCCGGCCAGGCCUUACCGAGGACGGACCCUCCCAUCCGUCCUGGUCACCCCUUCCUGUUCAUGUGGAACGCCCCAACUGAGCUGUGCGACAUCCGCUUUGGCAUGCCCCUCGACCUCUCCCACUUCCACUUUGUCAGCAGCACGCUGAAGACGGCGACCAACCAGAGCAUCUCCAUAUUCUACAUCGACCGCUUCGGCAUCUUCCCCUACGUGGACGAAGACACCGGUGAGAUGUACGAUGAGGGUCUGCCGCAGCUGAUUGACCUGCAGGACCACCACAAGCAGGCCGAGGACGACAUCGAGUACUACAUUCCCACUGACCAUCCGGGCCUUGCUGUGCUUGACUUUGAGGAGUGGAGGCCACAGUGGGUUAGAAACUGGGGCAGCAAAGACAUCUACCGACAGAUUUCCAUCGAAAUGGUGAAGAAGAAAGACGCGUCAUUGUCUGACGAUAAGGCGGAGGACUGGGCGAAGAUCGUGUUCGAACGCGCAGCCAAGAAGUACUUCCUCCGCUCCAUCCGCAUUGGGAAGAGGCUGAGGCCCAACAGACUCUGGGGUUACUACCUGUACCCCGACUGCUACAACUACGACUACAACCAGGACAUGGCAGGCUUCACCGGAGAGUGUCCCGCCAUCGAGAAGGAGAGGAACGAGGAGCUGCUGUGGCUCUGGAGAGAGUCCACAGCGCUCUUUCCGUCCAUCUAUCUGGAGCUGGUGCUCAGAGACUCCCAGCAGGCCCGGCUGUUCGUCCGCCAUCGAAUCCAGGAGGCCAUUAGGGUGUCAAUGCUGCCCAACAGCUCCUACUCAGUCCCCGUCUACGCCUACAUCCGCCCCGUGUACAAGGACAGCACCGCCGAAUACAUGUCAGAGUUUGAUCUGGUUAACACCAUCGGAGAAGCUGCUGCUCUCGGCGCCGCCGGCAUCGUUUCCUGGGGAGACAUGAACGUCACAGAUUCAGAGGACUCCUGCUUUGACGCUCGACGCCACCUGGAGCAGGUCAUGAACCCCUACAUCCUGAACGUCUCCAAAGCGACGCAGCUCUGCAGCGAGGCGCUCUGCCAGGGCCGAGGUCGCUGCGUGAGGAAGCGCUGGGACGACGACGUCUUCCUCCACCUUGACCCGCGCCGUUACCGGAUCCAGCGGCAGCGACGCGGCGGCCCGCUCACUGUGAGCGGCGACCUCUCGCAGGACGACGUCAACUGGUUCGACCGCAGCUUCGACUGCAUGUGCUACAGCGAGGAGCCGUGCAGAUCGGUGUUGACGGUCAACGUCAUCCACGAGGCCUUCAUCGUUGGGUGGAGUCGAGGAGCUGACGGGCCCCGUCCCCUGCUGCUGGUGAUGAUACUGCUCUGUCUGAAGUACGUCGUGAUGUGAAUAUAAAUUAUUAGCACCAACCUGAUACAUGUAAUACGGGAUGUGAGGCUGUGGACACUUAAAGGACAAUUACACUGUUAUUUGAGCUUGUCGUUUGUUUUUUCUUGUUACUUCCGACUGCUUUUACCUGCGUUUUUCAU